AUGCCGUCUUUCUACAACACUGGCCUCCCGGCCUUCCCUCUUACUCCCCCUCAUAUCACCGGUGCCGGCAGGAUGGAGAACGAACCUCCCUUCUACGUCCUCGGUCACAACCACUCGGCCGCUUUCCCUCCCCGUUACUCCCAGAACGGCUGUGAAUUCAUCGAGCAAUACUCCCAGCAGUCCACCUGCUACGCCAAGCCCCCGAUGAACGCUCAGCAGCCUAUUCACUCGAUGCGCACCGGGAGGGAUAUGACCGCGUUAAGUCAACCCAUGUUCGGCCCCGUCUCCACCGCCAACGUGCUGCCCCCGAUCCGCAACAACGUCCAAUUGCCACCAAUGGACCACGCCGUUCCUCCGCAGUACCGCCGUCAAGACCCGAUCGCUCAGCCCGAACAGCCUCGCAAGGAGGAGAAAGCGACCGGAGGCGUUGCCGCUUACUUAGACUAUGAGAUGGAUCAGAUGUCCGACUUUGUGGCUGAGAUGGCCCAGGGAAUGUAUGAUUUGUACAUCACCAAGAUCAACCUAUCAGAUAUUGACUUCGCGCGAAGCGUCUACCCAGGAUCGUCUGUCCCGUCUCAGUUCCGGAAAUACGUCUUUCAGAUUUUGUCGUCGACGCGUCUCCCGAGCUCCACAAUUCUUCUGGGUCUUUACUACCUGUCCUGUCGGAUGCGUAUGCUCUCUUCUGCCAAGGUCUACAACGCAGGCAGUGGCCAGGUCUACCGCAUGCUCACUGUGGCUUUGCUGUUGGGAAGCAAGUUCUUGGAUGAUAACACCUUCCAGAACAAGUCCUGGGCCGAGGUUAGCAACAUUUCCGUCAGUGAGUUGAACUCCAUGGAGCUCGAGUGGCUCUUCGCCUUUGAGUGGAAGAUCCACGACCGUAUCUAUGACCAGCAGGAUGGCUUUGCCUCGUGGCUUUCUCACUGGGAGAAGUGGCGCGCCAAGUCUGCUAUCAAAACUCAAGAGCCUCGACACGCCCUCGCUCCGAUUGAUACCAACAUCACCCGCAGCAACCGGGUCUCGAAGCCUCUUCUUUCCCCGGAAGGUCCGAUCCCGCCGCAGUAUCAGCGGAGCACUCAGUACGAAAACUCUUGGCUCAAUCCAGCAGCUUCAGAGUAUUCGCCGCCCUCUGCUCCUCACAGUGGACCGACAACUCCGGACUAUUACGCAGUUGGCACAUGGGCGUACUCUAACCCUCCACCGCCAUAUUCGAGCACUUGGAUGCCUCCUCAUCAACAAUACAUGCCGCCGCCUCGCUCGCAGCCGCCAUCCUACCACCACACACCAUCCUACGGGUUUCCCUUCCCGCACGGUGGCUGGACAACUGGUCAUGGUGCCUCGUGUGGUUGCCCUUAUUGCGCUAAGCACAUGGAACAUUACAUGUGCGCCAACCUCGGCUCCAUGCAACCAAUCCUCGCUGCUUGA